UGAUGAUUGACAUCAGUGAAAUGUCAAGAAGAAAAUCGCAUUUUCCGAGUUUUCCUCGCGUGUUUUAAGAAUUUAUUCAUUCGAAUGGAUUAAAUUUUACUGAAGUUUUUAUGUGCUUUUAAGAUUUAAUUUGAUCACGCUACAUGUUAAAUUGCUAGUUUCAAACGAUGCUUUAAGUUUAAAAUUGAAGUAGACGUUCCUUGGUUCACAAGUCGAUGUUAACCAUAUCAGCUGUUAACAUAUCGCCGCGAGUCGUGAGUCAGUGGAAACGUCUACAGUAAUUAAGUCGACCGCCAACGAACGUCAAGUGAGCGGAGUCGUCGCGCGAGAUCGCAUCGCUUGCUUAUUGUUUUCAGUUAUUUGGCCGCGCUCGGAGCGCGUUCUCGUCGCGUGUUCCGCCGCAAUGUACUCCGCGCAAAGUUCGCCGUGAAUACUAAACCUCAGUUAGUUCGGUCGCAGUUUUAUUGUUGGAACACCAGUGUCAGUGCAGUGCGGGACCAUGGCUCGUCUCACUGAAGAAAUGGUGAUCGCGCGCUCCAAGCAGUCGGACCUCACGGCGAUCAAGAAGCUGAACUGCUGGGGUGCAGAGCUGGGCGACGUCAGUCUGCUGCGCAGGAUGCCCAACGUGGAGGUGCUGGCGCUCAGUAUAAACAAGAUCCGCACGCUGGGCGACUUCGCGGGCUGCCGGCGGCUGCGCGAGCUGUACGUGCGCAAGAACGAGAUCAGCGACCUGCACGAGAUCCGCCACCUGCGCCGCCUGCCGGAGCUGACCAGCCUGUGGCUGGACGAGAACCCGUGCACCUCGCAGCCGCACUACCGCAUGACGGUGCUCAGGAACCUGCCCAACCUGGAGAAGCUGGACAACGUGCCCGUGCAGCCUGAUGAGGUGCAGGAGGCGAUGCGGCGCGGGCUGCACAUCCCCGACUCGGACGACGAGGGCUACCCGCAGCAGCAGGAGAGCUACGGCCAGUACCGGCGGCAGCGCUCCUGCGAGUCCAGCCCCGAGCGGGAGCCGGAGCCCUACGUCGCGCGCCCGCCGCCCCAGCACGAGGGCAGCGACAGCUCGGAGGCGGGCGCCGAGCCGGGGGAGCCCGCCAGGGACGCGCAGUGGCCGGGCUCCCCGACGCGGCAGGAGGACGAGCGCUACGAGCACCCCGCCAUGACGCGCUCCCACUACGACGCGCGGUCCCCGGACGCCGGCUCGCUGCGGCACUCGCUCUCCAUGCACAGCGUCAAGGAGUACGGGUACGCGUCCAACGGCGAGUGCCGCUACCCGGCGGGGGGCGUCACGUCGCCGCCCUACCACGACACCUACUACGACCGGAGCGACAGGUCGGAGUCGUGCGGGCAGAUGUCGCAGCGCGGCAGCGGCGAGGCGUGGGACGAGCGCGCGCGCCCCGACAGGGACAGAGAUAUGCCGCGCGACAAGGACAGCGCCUGCCACUACUCCGCCGUCAUGCAGGAGCACCGCGGCUUCACGCGGAGGCCCGUCGCGCGGAACUCGAACCUGCUGUCGGCCGUGCUGUGCCUGGUGAAGGAGCUCGACUACCCGAGCCUGGAGGUGGCGGAGAUGGCCGUCAGAUGUCGUAUGGAUGAGCUGGCGAACGCACAGUGACGUCGCGCGGCGCCCUCCGCGCCCCCCCACUCGCCGCCCGCGCCCUCCGCGCCUGCGCCCGCGCCCCCUGCGCCCCCCGCGCCCUGACGUGACGUCACGCGCCCUCUAGUCAGCGCCCGACACUGGGGCGCGCGCGCCCAGUGUCCGAGAGCCCGGUGUACACGAAAAUGAACUUUAUUGUAAAUGACAUAACGUGUGUUGUAUAUUUGUACCUGCCACGGCCGCACAGCGAAUGCAAACACACGACACACACACACACACACGCACACGACGCUACACUAGUGCCGCUACAUUGCUCCGACACUACAUGGGUUCGUAUGUCGGUCCCUUGCGUCGACUAUACCUAAUGCGCUCUAACAAGGUGCGGCUGACAGAUGCCAGUAUGACGUUGACGUCUCUCUUUAGGGAUGGACAUUAGAAAAAUCUUUUUUUAUCGCUAUCGAUACUCGCAGCAUACAUUUAAUUCUCUUGAAUUUUUUUAUUAAAUGUGUGUGUUAUUUAGUUGUGCAGUCUAACUACGUGUAUAUACUUGUCAAAAUAAAUAUUUUAUGACCGAGCCCUGAGGUGUUUCAGAGUUACAGUUUUACAGAACCGUGAAGAAAACAAGGAUAUAUUAGUUUGUAUAUGUUGGAAUAGUACCACCACGCAUUAUCAAUGGCGCCGGAAAUGUCUAGAAAAAUGCCUACUACAUAUUUCUGCUCAGAUAAUGUUACUGUGGUUUGGGCAGAGAGAGCCGCGUCUACAGUGGAUUUACCCACAUAAUUAAAGGUUUUUUAAGAAUGAUAAUUGAACGACGCACGAUUUUCGUUUUUUAUUCUAAAAAAACAUCGAUUACCUAUCCAUCGUAGGCGUACAUCCCAUCACUAAACACGACUAUGGAUUUACGUUAUACGCAUAACACUUUACUUUAUUUUUCAUUUCAUUAGAUUUUAAUUGAAUACUAGAACAUUCCGGUUGGUUUUAAUUUAAUUAACUACGCAUCCGAAUGAUUUAACAUAAUACGAAUGUGAUACAGCUAAAAUAUUAAGGCAUAAUUUUUAAAUCGCAGCAACUUUCAAGAGUGAUACGAAACGUUACUGAAUCUGUCAGCCGCACCUUGUUAGAGCGCAUUAGGUAUAGCAAUGUAUUCAGAAUGCAGUGAGCAUUCAGUUGCAAGUGGUUCUAGUUUACGAGUGACAGCUCGCGAUGUACGCGAUGUACGCGGUGUACGCGGUGGCGUCUCCGCGUACAAAGUGUACUGAGCAAUGGCGUUGUUGCAAAUCGUCUGAUGUUUUUUCUCAAACAAGUGUCCAUCAAACGUGGACAUUAAAAACGUAGUGACGAUACAACGAUACAAGUACUUGCAGGCGUCGUGUGGCGGGUGUGGCGUGCCCGUGUGGCCGCGUGUCGACUAAUAAAUUAAUGUAAUGUGUAAUGUACUCGCGAUCGAUCGAUUGCAAUAAAUUAACUUGCCGUAACAUAA